CUCAUCUGACGCUUUCUCGUCCUCCCUCAUCUUUCCCUUCUCAUUUGCAUCGCAUUCUUUGCAUUCUUUUGCACUCCCAGUCUCUCUUUUUCUGCUUCAUCUCCCGUUUCCCCCUACAAACACUACACUACCCCACUUCCAAAACGUCGCAGGCGAGCAUCUUCAUACACCAUACAUCCAUCACAAUACUACCAUCCGUCAAUCGCGAAGCAUCCGCGCGUUACAUCUCGGGGAGAAAACAGAAACACAACACACUGUCACUGUCACUGUCGCCCUCAGCCGCCAUCCAUCCCCAACCCAGCCGCGGAUCACCCUGACGAAACCGCCCUUCCCCCCCAAGACCCAGCGGGUUUUUUGCACUGUCGCCAGAGUCGAGUUUGAAUAACAGCCCCGAGUUGACCUCGUCGCUACUCCUCCGCAACAGCAUACGCUUCACACCUCACCGCACCCCGCCGAGCGCGAAACAAGUACAACACACACCCAUACCAUACACACACACACACAUCCGUUUUUUUAAUUGCACAUCGCUAUCGCUAUCGAAACUUGAGGCUGGUCCUGAGACUGAGAAGAGCGAUUGAUUGAUCCACCCGCGCGUAAACACGUACCGCACCAUACCAUCGACACUACAACUGUCCAACACAACACGAACACGAUACGACACCGCGCGCGCUUCACACCGUGCCGCGCCGCCGCCUUCCCACGCCGUAGUCGUUUCAAUCGCGAACCACCACACCCGACGUCGACGUCGAUAACGACCAACCCUCACACACGCGCGCCGUUUUAGGUCGGCGUUUCGAACCGCGCGCAUCAUGGCGCACAUGAUGUAUCCCCAGCAUCAUGCGCAUGCGUCGAUGGCGCCGCCGCAGAAGCCGGAGACGUUCAUGUUGAGCAGUGAGGCGCAGCAGAGCCUGCCGCAGGAUGCGCAGGUUGCGUUGCAGCAGGUUGAUAAUCUCAAAUAUUUCCUUAUUUCGGCGCCGGUUGACUGGACGCCCGAUCAGUACAUUAGACGCUUUUUAUUACCUACCGGCGAAUACGUGUCGUGUGUCUUGUGGAACAACCUCUUCCACAUCUCCGGCACCGACAUCGUACGAUGCCUCUCGUUCCGCUUCCAAGCCUUCGGCCGGCCCGUGAAGAACUCGAAGAAGUUCGAGGAGGGCAUCUUCUCCGACCUGCGCAACCUCAAGUCGGGGACCGACGCGUCGCUCGAGGAGCCAAAGAGCGGCUUCCUCGACUUCCUGUACAAGAACAACUGCAUCCGCACGCAGAAGAAGCAGAAGGUGUUCUACUGGUACAGCGUGCCGCAUGACCGCCUCUUCCUCGACGCGCUCGAGCGCGAUCUCAAGCGCGAGAAGAUGGGCCAGGAGGCCACGACCAUGGCUACCAACGAGCCUGCGCUGUCGUUUGAAUUCGACUCCUCGCAGUCGCUGUUCGAGCAGCUCACCAAGGCUCAGCAGGCCAACUCGUCGUCCUUCUCCGCACAACAACAGCAGCAGCAACAGCAGCAGCAACAACAACAACACCAGCCAUCCUACUCGCAAUCCCAAUCCACAUCCCCCGUCAUGCGCGCCAUCGACUCCAUGCCCCCACCCCAGAUGAUCCCGCAGGCAAUGCCAAUGCAAGACGACAUGUCGCAGCACCUUGCCUACGCGCAGAUGAACAUGCCCACCAUGGCGCAGCACGUCGUCAAGCGCGAGCACGACUUCGGGCGCGUACAAUACAACCAGAACGGCGUGCCGCUUACCCAGACCCACCAGCGCCACGCCUCCAUGCCCGCAUACGGGAUGGAGUACUCCCCUGCCCCCUCGUUCGUGUCGUCGCACUACGAGGACUACACAUCCCGCGGCUUGUCGUUUGAGCCGAUCACGCCGCCGCAGGCGUCGGGGAUGGGGCCUGAGCCUGCGUAUAUCGCGAAUGAGGAUACGGGGUUGUAUUCGGCGAUUCCGGAGCACAUGGUUAAUAUGCAUGGGAUGAUGUCGAUGCCUCCCACGUCGCUCCCUGGGCCGUCGUACACGAGGCCGUAUGGCGCGUCGUACUCGGUUAUUGAGGGGUCGCCGACUUAUAAGCAGAGGAGGAGGCGGUCGUCGAUUCCGCCUGGAUUGUCGGCACUUCCUACCCCGUCGCAGGGACAGCAGGCCCAGCAGACUACUUCCCACCCUCCUCACAGACCCAGCGAUCUCCGUCGCUCGGUAUCGCACUCUGUGGACCCGGUGCCAGAGGAUGCUGAGCCAAGGUCGCCGAGGUUGAGCUACCCAGCGCACGCCAUGUCACACCACCAUAAGGACCUCCUUGCGCUCUCGCGCACGGGGACCCCCGAUGGCUCCAACAACGGCAGCGUGCACCCCCUCUCCCUCCACCACGACUUCACCACCGAUCUCUCCCCCGACUUCGACUCCACCUCCAACGGCGUGGUUGAUUCCCGCCGCGGCGGUUCCGUCACAGCCAGCGGUAACAGCGUUGGUGUCAGCGGUGCGGUGCGCAGGGCGCGCAGCGCGACGAUGAUGGAACUCGGGAGUCCGUAUCCGCAGAAGAGCCAUUCGUGUCCGAUUCCUACUUGUGGGAGGCUGUUUAAGCGGUUAGAGCAUCUUAAGAGGCAUGUGAGGACGCAUACGCAGGAGAGGCCGUAUGUUUGUGGGGUUUGUAGGAAGGCGUUUUCGAGGAGUGAUAAUCUUGCGCAACACAGACGCACCCACGAGCGCGGCGACGGCUCCAGCGACGGAGGCGCCUACGCCUCCCUCUCCGGCGAGGAGGAGGAGGAGGAGGACUACGAGGGCGAGGACGAGCUUUCAUCCUUGCAACAACAAGUCUCUGCCAACCUCGAUAACAUCUCCUCCACCUCGCACCCCUCGCACCCUGGCCACUCGAACUCGCACUCGCAUACGAGGCAUGCGAGUUUGAUGGGCCUUGAUGAGGGGGGUGGGCUCGAGAUUGUAGGGGAGGAGGGAUUGGAGAUUGAUGAGGGGCAGUUUGAGGGGGGGAUGAUGGGGAGUGGAGUUGUGGGGAUGGGGAUUGUGGCGGGGGGAGGGUUGAUGUAGAUUUUGUUUUUUGAUGUGAUGUUUUUGAUGAUUGUUGCCAUGUCCCCCCGGUUUGUUGAGGUUGUCCCUGGUUAUUGUUGUGGUUGGAGGAAGGAAGUUGUUGUGGCGGAUGCAUGAAUUAUUAUUUCUUUCUUCUUUUCAUGCCAUCUUAGCUUUUUUGAGGAUCGUUUUUGAUCGUUUUUUGUUCACAGAUCGAGAUCGGAAAUCUUGUUUCAUUUAUUUAUGUUUGCGGUUGUCGUCGCUGUUCGUUUUUGUGGUUGUGGUUGUGGUUGUUCUGUUUUUGUAAUUCUUUGUUUGGAAUGUUGGAGGGGUGGAAUGUUGUGGUUUUGACGGAAGGGGAAAGGAGGAAGGAGAAAGGCGGAAAGGAGGGGGGUGAAGAGGAGAAGGUGGAGGAGGGGAAUAGAUGGGGAGGAUUUAUCAUGAAUGUAGAGGGGAGUGGUGUGGAAGAAAAGAAAUAUGAUAUGAUAUGAGGUUUAGAAAUUUGUGUCUUUGCGUGUUGUGUUGAUGUAGAUGUGUGUGUGUGUCUUUGUGGGCGUGUGAUGAUGAUGCUUUGAGUGGAAAGAGAUUCGAAAGUGGUGGAAGGCUGAAUGGAUGGAUGGGGGUUUAUUCGCAUUUCUGUCUAUCUAUCUACGUUGCUACUCCUCUAUUGCGGCGCGGUGUCUAAACAGCAGAAUUGGGUGGGCAUGAGUGUAUCCAUCCGCGCGCAUCCAUCCGUACAUGCAUCUCCACCACAUUUUCACCACCAACCACCAACUAGCAACUAUACAAACUACAUCUAGCAGCAUUUAGCAGCUACAAACCGCAUUCACACUGUGGGAGUAGUGAUUGCAUUUAUAUCUGCAUUUUUUUAUAUAGCAACAGCAGCGAGAUGGCGAAGGGUGGGCGACGGUAGGGAGCAUCUGCGCGCGGGGGAACAAACGAGCUCUACAGCAG